AUGUCGAAGAGAGGUUGUUGGUCUAGAGGUUGUUGUUUAUGUUGUGUUAUCACCACCAUAAUCGGUUUAGGCUUAUUAUCUUUAUUUGCUUGGCUUAUUACAAAUCAAAUUCGUUCACCAAAAUGUUCUAUAGAGAAAUUCUACGUCCAAGCGCUCGAUAAAGCCUUGUCGAGCAAUAAAACGGAUGCCACCACCAACACAACGAUAUCAUUUGAUCUCAUAUUCAAGAACGAAAAUGGUGACGGAUUCGGUGUUUACUAUGAUGCGCUUAACAUCAGUUUAUACUACCAGAAAAGUUAUGCCAGUGGCUAUUUAAAUAGUUUACCCAUCGGAAACGUAUCUUUACCAGGGUUUUAUCAAGCUAAGGUGGAUCACCGUCUUGCGACCGUUCAGACUUUUGGGGUUCCUUGGGAGGAAGUCAGGAUGGAAAUUGCCAAUGGGGGUACUGCAAAGUUUCUGUUUAAUUUAACCUCAAAUGUCAAGUUAAAGAUCCCUCUUAAUGAUGCAGUGAGAACAACCGACAAACGGAAGUUUAAUUUGGGCGUAAAUGUUAAUGUGAAUGAUCAAGGAAAGAAAACUGUACCCGGAAGUUUGAGGCUCACUUCAGCAUCCCCACGUAUGAAACCAUGUAGCAUUUUAGUUCUUGUUUUAUCAGCUUUGGGUUUUUACUUUUCUGUUUUAUUUUUGACCUGGUGUUUGUAA